AAGCCAAAGAAGUGAUGGAAGGAAUUGGAAGGGUAUUCAAGUUCAAGAAAGGGAAGAUUGAACCUCCAGAAAGCUACCUGGGAGCUAGGUUACGAAAGAAGACUUUGGAUGGACACGACAUGUGGACGAUGUCAAGUUAUGACUACGUUAUGGCAGCAGUCAAAAACGUCAAGGAAACAUUAAAGGACAGCCCAAAAUGGAAAGUGCCCAAGAAUGCGCCAACGCCGAUGACUAGUGCCUAUGAACCGGAGAUGGAUGGAUCAAGCGAAUUUGGACGAGAAGACCAUACCUACUUCCAAGAGUUGAUUGGGAUAUUACGAUGGGCGACAGAGAUUGAACGAGUCAAUAUCUUACUGGAAGUAUCACUCCUGAGCCAGUAUCAAGCAGCUCCAAGGGAAGGACACAUGUAA